GUUACUGUCUGCCUGCGUGCCGGUGGCCGAGGGGACCGGUGCGGUGCUAUGGAUCCCAUGAAUAGCGCUAGUCCCAGCGAGAAAGAGACCGAUUAUGUGCAGAUUCACGCUGCCACGUUUCCAGGAGCGGUACGCAACAACAAGAACGACCAGGAGAAGCUCUCCACAGUCGUUAAGAGUGUCCACCGAAAACUGCGACGGAAAUACCGAGAAGUGGGGGAUUUUGAGAAGAUCUGGCGGGAGCACUGCGAGGACGAGGAGACGCUCAGCGAGUACGCCCUGGCCAUGAAGAACCUGGCCGACAACCACUGGGCCAAGACCUGCGAGGGGGAGGGCCGCAUCGAGUGGUGCCGCAGUGUUUGUCAGGAGUACUUCCUGAACGGAGGGAUGAAAAGGGUGUUGGAGAAGGAUGAGAAGCGGGCCAGGCUCUCCACGUCCCUGUCGUCUGCGGCCCCCCCGUGCGCCCCCCCUCCGCAGACCAACGGACCUCACAGGUUGAGUGUCCAGACGGGGAGAAUCCGCCUCCUGGAUGUGGGCAGCUGUUUUAACCCUUUCCUGAAGUUUGACGAGUUUCUGACUGUCGGUAUCGACAUAGUGCCUGCGGUUGAGAGCGUGCACAAGUGCGACUUCCUGAACCUGCAGCUGCAGCCGCCCCUGCAGCUGGAGCAUGACGCGGUGGACGCCUUCCUGCUGCAGCUGCGCAGCCCGAUCGACGCGCUGCCGGGCGAGCUGUUCCACGUGGCCGUCUUCUCCCUGCUGCUGUCCUACUUCCCCUCGCCCUACCAGCGCUGGAUCUGCUGCAAGAAGGCCCACGAGCUGCUGGCCCUGCACGGCCUGCUGCUCAUCAUCACGCCCGACUCCUCCCACCAGAACCGCCACGCCCCCAUGAUGGCCAGCUGGCGCGUAGCCGUGGAGACGCUGGGCUUCAAGCGCUACAAGUACGUCAAGUUUGCGCACAUGCACCUGCUGGCCUUCCGGAAGGUGUCCCUGCAGACCAGCAGCGACCUGGUGAGCCGGAACUACCCGGAGAUGCUGUACAUCCCGCAGGACCUGGGCGGGGCCGAGGAGGGGGAGUGCUGGGACACGCCCGCCCCGCCCCGCUCUGAGGACGAGGACGAGCAGCUGGCCUGCGGCUUCCUGGAGCUGCCCGACGCGCCCUACGACUCGGACUCCGGGGAGAGCCAGAGCGGCUCCGCCCACUGCCAGGAGAGGGAGGAGCCUAUCCUGCUGCACAGCUGAACACUGACAGGCACACACACACACACACACACACGUACGUACAUACACACUCUCACACACACACACACACGCAUAUACAUGGUCACAUGUGUAUGUACACUCAUACACAUGCGUAUACAUACGCACACAUACCAGUGCACGCUCAUUUGUGCACAUAAACGCACCCACACACAAACAUGCCUUUAUCUCUCCCAGCUGUCGCCCUGCCCUGCCCUGCCCUCGUCCUCCCUCAGAAAACACCAGCGCAGUUUGCACAGACGGAAACAGAACAGCAGAGCGGCGUGUUUGUUGUUAGCCCCUGGUCGCGCGCGCUAGCUCAGACUCUCACACGCACACCUGUUCACUGGCGCUUCGUAUCUUCACGGUGGUGAAGUAGUUCAUCUUCGACCGUCUCGUCCUUUCUUUCGUCCCGUGACAUUUGCAGAAAUCCUGAUGGGAAAAGUGUCAGGCAGGAGGGCCUCUCUUUUAAAUGGAGGAUUCAGGCGAAGAAGCUGAAACGGAGUAGCCUGCAGACGUGAGAGGAUGCCUGAUGAAGCUGAAGCAGAGUAGCCUGCAGACGUGAGAGGAUGCCUGAUGAAGCUGAAGCGGAGUAGCCUGCAGACGUGAGAGGAUGCCUGAUGAAGCUGAAGCGGAGUAGCCUGCAGACGUGAGAGGAUGCCUGAUGAAGCUGAAGCGGAGUAGCCUGCAGACGUGAGAGGAUGCCUGAUGAAGCUGAAGCGGAGUAGCCUGCAGACGUGAGAGGAUGCCUGAUGAAGCUGAAGCGGAGUAGCCUGCAGACGUGAGAGGAUGCCUGAUGAAGCUGCGCCUGCUUUGUGCUGUCGGGGCCACAUGCAUUUCGGCCCCUGAAGCGCCAUGCCAGUCUGUUUACUUUUCCAGCAAUGGUUCGUCAGCCAUUUUGAAGGCACGGGCGCGAUUUUAAUCCAACACCUUUCUGGGUAACGAAGAUAUUGGGAUCUUUAAAAAAAAAAAAAAAACUAACAAAAAAAAACAACCAUUGUUUGUAACAUUUUACACUUUUUCAUAACAGAAACAAAAGACAAGAAAAUUAGUUUUACUAAUUUUGUGAAAAAUAACUGAAAAAUAAGAUGGGUUUACUUUCUUUUUUGAUAACUGUGAACAUAUUAGUGUACUCAUAAUGUGAGGCAUUCUAGCUGCAAUCGAUUCUUCUGUUUUCAGGCAGUUUAAUCUUGGAUGCGUAGAUCCAGCCCAUAUCAGAGAUACAGUAGAGAGUAGGCAUGGGGUCGGUCAUCCUUCUGCUAGUUUCUGUUUUUUUCUCUCUUCUACAGAACAGUUCAUCUGCAAAUUGAUAUAAUUGAAUAUUGCAUAUUGUGUACUGAGACCAUCUUCAUACUAAUAUGAGCACUGUCCCUCCAUAGUCAUACAGAUUCCGGUCUUUGGCUUUAUCUUCAUGCAGUGAGUCCUCUCAGCCAAAAUGUACUCUUUGUCUCAAAUGUUUUUACAAGGCCUUUGUGUCAGGCUGUCAGUGUUCUGCAUUUCUUUGGAAUAUUUUACCUCAGUGAGGUUUUUUGCACUAAUACCCCUGUCUGGACUCAGUCAUGGCUAGUUUUCGUUUUGACUGCAUCUCUGCAAUAGCUUGUUGUGUCCUUACUAAGUACUGUACCUUAAUAUUGUGGACAAAAAGGUUCAUUAUUGUUAACACUAGAGAAAUAGUUAACGUUGCACUUCUUCAUUGCAAUAUUUGCCUGCCUGGGUGGUUGGAAUGUGCCUGUGUGCAUUUGUGUGUAUGUAUGCGUGUGAUAUUUUGUCUUUGAUACUUUAUUUCAUGGUUUUUUGUUUUUUUUCCCCUGACACUCAGAGGAUGCCAGAAGUAAUAAAAUGAGUUUUCACUCUAGGUAAACAUUCAGUAAAGCAGAAGAAGUGGUCUGAUAUUAUACUGUGAGUGUGCUGUAGUAACAGGCUCCUAUGAUGUCGGUGAUGUUGGUCACUCCAAACGGUGCCUUAUAUGUCAGUGUUUUCCUUGCGUGCGUGCGCUCCCUGUCCAGAGACCCACGUGGAGCAGGAUAACAGCCGGAUGAUCUGCCAAAUGAACUUUAGUGGGCAUCACCACUGGCCUGCACUGGAAACCUUUCACAACAGGAAACAUUUGGACGAUGGACGACUGCUCAGUUCGGGGGGGAAAAAAUAAUAAAACUAUUUUCUUUGAAUUUUCAAAACCCA